GCGGCUUUUAGUUUUCGCGAGUUGUUCGUUGAUGUCGGAUCGCGCGUGGUGAAGUUUGGUGACGGUCUUCACUUUGAAAGUGGUCGAGCACAAAGUAGCGUCGAAUGGUUUCACGUCGCGUAUAAAUUUGAUGGUACAGUGAAUUUACCGGGAUUGUAUGUUUUAAUUGUUACCAGUGAAAACGUACGUGUUUUUACCAUUUUUUUACAUGUCUGUGGAAUGUGCACUCAAUGGUGAACUGCUCAAUCGCUUGAGUGAGUGAGUGAGUCACCGAAACAAGACAAGAAGAAUAGAAGAAUAGAAUACCAAAUUCAACGGAUAUGACAAGAACUGCUGCACUACAGAUUGAAAAUUGAGAUAUGUUUUUAGUCGCAUGGUGCAGUUGUCCUAAACGACUAUACAAUUUGCGGAUAAAAGAACCGUCACCAUUCGUCAUGCGCUGAACCCCACGCGGAGACUCAACACAAGUUCGACCCAGUCCAGUCAGUCAGUGCUCCAAGUCCGGAUUGUAUGUUAGUAGCCGACUUUGACGAGAGGCGUAUAAUCAAAGCUAAUACGAAACGAGCCCCGAUAUACACACAUCCAGCGAAUACACCCUGCCCUACACAGUGUUCUUCCGGGAGGCAUCAAGCAAGCAGCAGCGGCGCGAUGAGGAAUGAUGAUUCCGUCGUCAUCGACCGCGAAGCCAGCCACUGAGCCGGCACCGACCAAAACGACAGCGAGCUGAGAGUUGAUGUCAUUACAGCUUGAGCCCGCAAGCCGGCGACAUCCACACAAGUGGACGCGCGCGCGAAACGACCGACCCAUUCUUCAGUGCGAGUGUGAAUCGAGCCGGGAUUGGAUGUGCCCGCGGCUUUCUGCUAUGUGGCGGGCGGAUUGAAGAGUCUUCGGUCCUAUCGCUGUUUAGUGCGCGGUAAAAGUGAAUUUCGCAUAAUAAAACCGAGGAGUUUUUAUAGUGAUUGUUUCUGCGAGAAAGAUGUGAUUUAAGCCAAUGCCAAGCUGCUGUGAAAAGUAAUUAUUGAUUGUCGAGAAAGGUGCAGAAGAAUCCCAGUGAAGCAGCAGAUGUUUUAAGUGAAAGUAUGAAAAGCUGUGUGUUUACGAAGAAAAGAAAGGUUAAUUGUAAGUGGUGAUCAUAAGUUUUAGCAAAAGUUGAAUGUUUUUCGUGAUUCUACGUAUGAUUCGUUACCGGCCUACGAUUCGUUCGGUGUGAUGUACGAAAAACUUGACUGGUAGUGAUAAAUCAUCGUUUGCUAAUUAUCUCAACAAACAACAAGUCAACUCAACCUCCACCGCAUCGGCAGUCAGUCGACCGCCACUCUACUAACUACUGAGCUUACCUACCAAGGUACUAACUAAGCACCAAGCAGAAACCAUCGGGCUAGUCACGCAAAAUGACCGUCACCUACACCGCCGAAGUUGCCACAUGUCGAGGCUUCGGCUGCUUUCUGAAGCUGCUGGUCAGAUGGCGUGGCAGUAUUUAUAAGCUGGUUUGGCUGGACCUAACCUGUUUUCUACUGUUGUAUUAUAUUCUCAACAUAACUUAUCGACUAGUUCUAGAUGAGUACCAGAAAAAGAUUUUCGAAGACAUCGCUCAAUAUUGUGCCACCUAUAGUAAUCUAAUUCCACUAUCGUUCGUGCUUGGUUUCUACGUCACCAUCGUAAUGACUCGAUGGUGGAACCAGUACACCAGUAUACCCUGGCCGGACCCGAUAGCAGUAUUCGUCAGUGCCAAUAUUCACGGACAGGAUGAACGAGGUCGCGUGAUGCGUCGGACGAUCAUGCGAUAUGUGUGCUUGUGCUUCACCAUGGUGUUAACGAACAUUUCGCCCCGAGUGAAGAAGCGGUUUCCCACGAUUGAUCACCUGGUCGAGGCCGGUUUGCUCAACGAGAACGAACAUAAGAUCAUGCACGAUCUGAACCAAAAGUUUCCUCGACACUCCAAACACUGGCUGCCGAUCGUAUGGGCCGCUAGUAUUGUGACCAGGGCGCGGAAGGAAGGUCGUUGCCGAGAUGAUUUCGCCGUCAAGACGAUCAUCGACGAGCUGAACAAAUUCCGGGGACAGUGCGGCUUGCUGAUCUCCUACGACACCAUCAGUGUUCCUUUGGUGUAUACUCAAGUGGUGACGCUGGCCGUUUACUCCUACUUUCUGUUUUCGGUUAUGGGACAGCAAUGGGUGUCGUCGAAGGAAAACGUCACAGGGGUUGUGACCAGAAUCGACCAAUACUUCCCCAUAUUCACAACGCUGCAGUUUUUCUUCUACAUGGGAUGGCUUAAAGUGGCCGAAUCGCUGAUCAAUCCAUUCGGUGAGGAUGAUGACGAUUUCGAAGUGAACUGGAUGAUCGAUCGAAACGUUCAGGUUUCGUAUCUGAUUGUGGACGAAAUGCACCACGAACAUCCAACGUUGGUGAAGGAUCAAUACUGGGAGGAAGGCUUCCCGGCAGAGUUGCCCCAUACGGUGGCAUCAGCUGAGAUUAAGGAAGAACCACCGGCACCAUCUACCGACAAUAUUACGGUCAAUCGGAAACAGGCCGAAGUGAUAUCAGUGGUACCAUCGUCGGUGCGGGUGGACGAAAUGGUCGGUAAAAAGAGUCAAAAUGUUGACUACACAUUCCCUGAACAGCAGGGAAUGCUAGACGACGAGGCCGAUGACACCGCAAGUGGAAUCCACUUUUCAGCGUACGAUAACAAACCAUUCCAUCGGACGGGUCCUUCCACAAACAGCCUCGGCAGCGUAGUGAACACGAUGACCCGCGUCAACACAGUGGCGUCGGCAUUGAAACGCUUCUUCAGUAAGGACGAAGGUCACAGUGCUAGCAGACCACAGAGUGCUACACCGGAGGCCCAAACCGGCCCAUUCCGAUUCCCAGGGUCGGCAAGCUCGUCCAAUCUCGGACAGCGACUUCCCGACCGAGGAAGUGUUCGCAUAACGGAUCAAGUCAUCGAGGAGGUUGAUGAACAACAGAUGACCAUCACUUCGGUUCAAGGCAAAAAUGAUGCCCGACCCAUGGCUGCUAGCCUGUGGGAACAAGGUCCUCCAAAGCCUACCGAGCCGGUAGAUGUUCCUCAACCGGCUUAUAAACGAACCCAGUCUGCAGUGGCACAUGGUCCGUAUAGUUCCACCGCCAUAUUCCCACCUGGUGGCGUAGAAUCUUUGCUUAGCGCAUCAGCACCCGUAGGAGGACGCUUCGAAACGACUUUUGUUCCCAUUGACAGCCAUAGGGACGAACCACACUUCACGGACAGCAAAGAAUCGACUAAAACCAUCGACGACGGUUUGGAUGGUGGCCCCGAUGGGGACAUGAGUGAAGCAGAUGACUUCGAAAGGUUACGUCAGGCACGUGAAAAAGAGCGUGCCGAACGCCAAAAGGUUAAACUAGCAAGAUCGGUCAGCGGACUGGCGCCCAUAGAUACCGAUAUUUUGCUAGAAAAACUGACCAAAACCGCAGAACAACAACAGCAGCAAGAAGCUGGUCCGUCUGGCACGGAUACACCAGACACUCACCGACAUUCCGGAGUGCCUGCCGCACACCAACAAGCCGACACCACCUUAUGAUUCUACGUCUCCGACGAAGACAACGUGAUCGUGGUCAACGUAAAGGACGGUAGCUAGUAUUAGGAGAAAUUUGUGAAUCUGUUUGUCCCAGGUUGGCAUUGGCAUUGAAAGAUUCACAACUUUUUAUAAUUUGUUAUUUUUAUAUUUUCGACAAUCACUAUAAAGUGAGCUUUUCGGACCAGUAUUUUAUCAGUUUAUCUGAUUCUCGACUUUACCUUGUUAAGCACAAAAAAGUUAGAUAUUCAAAUUUACCAUAAUACAACUGUUGAAAAAAAAUGCUGUUAUAGUUUUGCGUUCAGGCUAUGGCUUCUAUACCAAUAUUAUUCAACUAAAUUGCAUCAGAAAUAAUCAGAUAUUUCACAUGAAGAUAUCCAAUAUUACGCAUAUAAGCCAUAGUCUGAACAAAGCAUUAUGUACUCAAAAAAAGUUCUCGAUGAAUAUACUUCCUAUCAAUACGCUAAUGGAGCAUCAGAUAAAACAUUAACCCAGUGAUAUUUAAUUUAAAUUAGGCACAACAGUAGUUACUACAAAGCUUGUAAAGAUAAAACAAUAAUCACGUGGCUUUAGGAGAGGAACAUUCUAAUUCGAGAUGCCUUUAGAACAAACAAAAAAAAUCGCCUGCCUUGUGAUAGCGCGAUUCGACUUUUGUAACACUUAUUUUCUGCGCGCAGUUUGUCGAUAUUAGCAUCCAAUCUCGUUUAGAUAUUUCGAAUAAAAAUGGCUAAAAACACAUUACUAUACAAACAUUACUGCAUAUUUGCAACUAUAAAUGGAUAGAAGUAGCAUCCUUCCUAGAAGGUUUUAUGCGCAUUUUUCGGCGAAGUCCAAAUACGACAAAACUUAACUUGAAACAAAUGAUUAUACUAUCGGAAUACAAAUAAAAGACAAACAAAACUUA